AUGGAGGCACUAGGCCCUUUGUCUCGAGACCACGACCUCGUCGAGAAAGUCGGAUCUAUUGGCUUAAUAGCCACAUGCUGCUGGCUGAUAGCCAAGAAAAAGAAAAAGAAUCGUAGUCGGCAGAACAUAACUGAAAUUCCCAAUGACACAACCAUAGAAUUUGAAGAGUGCUCUCUAGGGCACAUGUGUAUUCAUUUAAAACUCAUUCAUGGGAAUUAUUCGCAAUACACUUGCAAACUGCGGGGAACACAUCGUGUGUCCAGACACGUGGCGUCAUGGAUGAAGGAGAACUUGCUACUGAUGCUGACGGUGCUGGGCGUGGUGUUCGGCAUUGCGAUCGGGGCCAUGGCCAGGAUGGUCGAGUACUCGGAGGACACGGUGAUGUUGGUAGCCUUCCCGGGAGAGAUCAUGAUGAGGAUGCUGAAGAUGUUGAUUCUUCCUCUCAUCAUCUCCUCCAUCAUAACAGGCGUGGCCCAGCUCGACGCCUCGGCCUCGGGGAGGAUGGGGUCGCGCGCCCUUGCCUACUACUUUGGCACCACCAUCUUCGCCGCCAUCACCGGCAUCGUCAGCGUGGCCUCCAUCCACCCUGGAAACCCGAACCUUCUAAAGCACGGGGUCGAAAAUCGGCUCAAGGAAGGGGACGAUAAGGUCACGACGCUUGACGCCUUUCUCGACAUCAUUAGGAACAUGUUUCCCGAUAACCUGGUAAUGGCUAGCUUCUCGUCCACCAAGACUAUCUACAAAAAGGUGAUGAACGGCACUGCCACUGAAGACAAAUACGUUCGUUCGCUCAUUAACUCUGAGGGGACAAAUGUCAUGGGCAUGAUCGUCUUCUGCGUCGCCUUCGGGUCCCUCAUCGGCCAGAUGCAGCAAGGGAAACUCAUGGUCGAUUUCUUCAUUAUCCUAAACGAUGUGGUCAUGAAAAUGGUCGAACUGAUCAUGUGGUACUCCCCCUUCGGUAUCAUGUGUCUAGUUAUCGGCCAGAUCAUGAGCAUCGAGGACCUCCGGGAGACGGCGCAGAUGUUGGGCCUCUACAUGUUGACUGUUAUCUGUGGCCUCUUCGUUCACGCGGUGAUCACGCUGCCUAUGAUUUAUUUCCUUGUAACGAGGAAGAACCCGGCAACCUUCUUCAGGGGGAUGGUCCAGGCGUGGAUCACAGCGCUUGGGACUGGCUCGAGCUCCGCUACUCUUCCCAUCACGUUUCGCUGCCUGGAGGAGAACAACAAAGUAGACAAGAGAGUGACAAGGUUCGUGCUGCCUGUGGGAGCCACUAUCAACAUGGACGGUACGGCGCUCUAUGAAGCUGUUGGGUCGAUUUUUAUUGCCCAGAUGUACGGUAUCCACCUCGGCCCCGGAGAACUCAUCACGGUCAGUCUAACCUCAACCCUGGCUAGUAUUGGUGCUGCCAGUAUUCCCAGCGCUGGACUGGUAACGAUGCUGCUAGUACUUACUGCACUCGGCCUGCCAACAGAGAAUGUCUCUCUCAUUUUCGCCGUUGACUGGAUCCUCGAUCGCGUCCGAACCUCCAUCAAUGUCCUCGGCGACGCCUUCGGAGCGGCCAUUGUAGAGCACCUGUGCAAGGAAGAGCUUGAGCGCAUGGGUCCCGCCCAGCCCUCGAUCGAAAUGCUGGACCGCGUGGAGUCGGGCAUGAUCCCGACACACACGCCCAUGGCUGCCUCCCCUCAGCCGACCCUCGCCUCGCCCACCCAGGGCGGCCCCCCGAAGGACCUGGUGGCAAUGGCGGACAAAGGGAAUGGACAGCUGUCGUGGGGCAACAACCCCGACAAGAGCCCCAACUCCGAAACCCAGAUUUAGGCGUAUGUUCCGGCGGCGUUUGUAGGCAUCCAUCUCACUUUUCCCUUAAAUAUUAUUUGCGUCAAAUUUCAUGGUCAGCAGAUCUGAAUGCAGAUGUUAAGUGUGGUUUGUUCAACAUUCCUCAAUUUGUAUAUAGUGAACAAAACAUUUUGAAAUAAUUUCCAAGUACUCUGGGUCCUAUUAUAUAAAUGUGAAUUCACAGGUGAAUGGUCCAACAAUGAUAUGUUCUGUG